AUGAUGCAAGCCAGGAAGAUUAAGUACGACGUCGUCGGACUGGCCGAGACGAGAAGGCAUCGCCCGCUCCACGCUGUAUUUGAGACUGGAGAAGAACUGCUCCUUGGAACAUGUGACAGCAGAGGCGUCGGCGGCGUAGGUGUCUUCGUCAAUACGCACUUGGCCAUGAACUUCGAUUCGUAUGAAAGCUUAACAACCCGAAUCGGACGUUUGCGAUUAAGAAGAGGUGGCUCAACCCCAGCUCUAACCAUAUUCGUUGCUUACGCACCAACAUCGAGCUACGAAGAAGAAGAGUUGGCGGCGUUUUUUAUGGUUCUGGACAGGCUCUACAGAGAAGGCCAUGCCUUCUUCAAGGUCAUGGUGGAUAUUUCAACGCCCAGAUUGGCCCUAGAGGAACAGCUGAAGAUCUCCACAUCGAGACUCUCGGAAACUAAUGGGGUGAGCAGUGUGAAAGAUGACAUCAUGCUUAUAACACUGAACAUCGAGCAGGCGGAACGAAUGCUGGCCGAGCUUGAUGAAGCUUGUGGAGAGAUCGGCUUGUGA